UACGCACCCAACGCACCCAACGCACCCAACGCACCCACACCACGCCCCGUGCACCCAACGCGCCCACACCCCGCUCGCCGCACCCAGCACCGCCCGGCCUCGCUGCGGGACGGCGGCCUCGGCCUCGGGGACCCCCCCCCCGCCGUGCGGGCGCGCAGCCACCAUGAAGCGCGUCUUCUCCUGCUCCAGCUCGCCCGUGGCGGCUCAGCGCUGGAGCAAGCGGGACCAGAAGCUGCUGGAGGCGGUGGAGAGGGGCGACGUGGGCAGGGUGGGCGCCCUCGCCUCCCGCAGAGCCGCCCGGCCCGCCAAGCUCAACGCCACGGGGCAAUCUGCCCUUCACCUGGCCGCCGCCAAGGGGCUGACCGAGUGCCUGACGCUGCUGCUGGCCCACGGGGCCCCCCGCCGACGCGCAGAAUGAUGACGGCAGCACCGCGCUGCACCUGGCCACCAUCGCCUGCCAGCCCCAGUGCGUCAAGGUCCUGCUGCAGUACGGCGCCGACACGCGCCACAUGGACGGGCAGCACCGCACCCCCCUGCACUGGGCCGCCUCCUCGGGCUGCGCCUCCAGCGUGCUGCUGCUCUGCGCCCACGGGGCCCCGCUGGACGUCGCCGAUGCCCACGGCCAGACGCCCCUGAUGCUGGCGGCGCGGGGGAACCACGCCGUCGUCUGCGCCCAGCUCCUGCAGAGCGGCGCCGACCCCGACCUCACCGACAGGGACAAGAAGACAGCCCUGGUCCUGGCCCGCGAGCACGGUGGCAUGGAGGCAGCUGCACAGCUCCUGCGCCACGGGGCCGAGGAGCGUGGGGGCCACGACGCCCGGCACGGCCGCAGCCACGCGCACCGAGAGAACGGAUCUGGUGGCGCUGGGGACCCCGAGCUGCAGGUUCCCCCGGGCCGUAGCAGCAGCAGCGAGGAGGAGGAGGAGGAGAAAAAGGAGAAAGAGGAGGAAAAGGAGCAGCAGGGUGAGCGUUGCACCCGGCGGGUGACGGUGCUGCGGCAGGAGCACACCCAGCGCGCCCCUGCCCCCAGCAUCCACCAGCGGGUGCAGGACCCGGCGUGGCCCCCACCCGGCACCAGCAGCGCGGCCGAGGAUGAGGAUGAUGAGGAAGGCCCCUGCCUCGCCCCGCCGGCCAAGCACGUGCAGGAGCUGGCGAGGAGGAAGGCUGAGGAAGAGGCCGAGCCCGCGGGUGCUGUGCGCAGCAGCCUGGCGGCGCCGGGGCUGGAGCAGGCGCUGAGCCAAGCCGACGGGACCUACGGCAGGGGGCUGGGGGGGACCCGCACCCCCCAGGAGGGAGCGGGACGGGGCGCAGAGGCGGAGGGCAGGAGGCCAGGCUUGGAGCAGGAGGUGCAGGAGCUGAAGGAGCGCAACGGGAGCCUCCUGGGCGAACUGGCCCGGCUGGGCCGCGAGCGGGAGAGGCUGCGGGAGGAGCUGCGGGCGCUGCGGGAGCGGGACCCCGGUGCGGGGCUGGUGGUGGAAGCGGGGACCCGGGUGGCCACCAUGGCCCGGGCACUGGAGGCCAAGCGGGAGGAGGCAACGAGGCUGCGGCGGAGGCUGGCGGGGCAGCGGCAGGAGCUGGAGGCGCUGCGGGACCGCCUGGGCCAGGGGGUGCAGGAUGAGGCCGGCGGCCCCCGCACUGAUGCCUGCGUCCUGCGGGAGCUGCAGCGGCGGCUGGAGGCGCUGCUGAGGUCCCAGCACGAGGCCCUGCAGCUCGUGGCGGAGAUGGAGGCCGAGGAGGCCGCGGGGAGAGGAGGCCGCCCCGGCGAGGAUGGGGACGUCGGAGAGGGGCCGCAGGGCGAGGGGACGGGGGGGCUCAGCACCGCGCCAGGCACCCGGCCGGGGGAACCGGAGGCUGCUGGGGGGGCGCGGGUGCUGCAGGAGAGGCUGGAGGAGGCCAGGGCUGAGGCCAGGCGCUGGGAGGCCGCCGCCGCCGCCGAGCGCAGGGCCAAGGAGCAGGCGGAAGCCAGGGAGGCCGAGCGGGAGCAGGAGGCGCGGGAGUUGCGGGAGAAGGUGCAGGGGCUGGAGAGGACCCUGGGGAGGCUCAGCGCCAGGGUGGGCGAGCUCAGCGCCGCCCUCCGGGACAGGGAGGCCAAGACCAAGCAGCUGCUGGCAGAGGCGGAGGCGCUGGCGGCGGCGGUGCUGGCGGCGCGCAGCGACAGCGCCCGGCUGCGGCUGCAGCUCCAGGUGCAGCAGAAAGCCCAUCGGGACGUGGUGGCCGUGUACCGGAGCCACCUGCUCAGCGCCGCUCAGGGCUUCAUGGACGAGGCGGUGCACGGGCGGCUGCUGCGCAUCCUGCGGAUGGAGGAGCGAGGGCAGGAUCCGGCCCGGCAUUAAAGCAGAGCUGGCGGCCCCACAGCGCCUCGUCCUUGGGGUCGGGGGCGUGGGGAGGGGAUGGGGGUCUAUGGGGGGGGGGAAGACCCUGUGGGGUCUGACACCGGUGGAGGGCUCAGGGUGGCCAAUUACGGCCCCGCAGAGGCCGGCCCCACAAAGUCCUGGCCCCACAGAAGCCAAGUCCACAGCGUCCCGGCCCCACAGAAAGCUGGCCCUACAGCAUCCCAGUCCCACAGUAGUCCCAGUCCCUACAGAGUCCUGGUCCCACAGAGGGCCGGUCCUCAUAGAAACCUGGUUCCCAUAGAAGCCGGCCCCACAGAAACCCACCCCAUAAAACCCCUCCCCAUAGAAGCUCGCCCCAUAGAAACCCGGCCCCACAGAAGCCCACCCCACAGAAGCCCACCCCAUAGAACCCCUCCCCAUAGAAGUUCGCCCCUUAGAAGCCCACCCCAUAGAAACCCAGCCCCACAGAAGCCCACCCUAUACAAGCCCCCCCCCAUAGAAGCCCACCCCACAGAAACCCAACCCCCAUAGAAGCCCACCCCCAUAGAAACCCGACCCCACAGAAGCCCCCCCCCCCCCCCCGCAACCCGGCCCCAUA